AUGUAUUUUGGCUCUAGUCCUUCCUAUAUGAAAAAAGAAAGCUCCCAAAGUCCAUUCUGGGGCUUUCAUUUUACUGGAAGAAAAGAAAGAAAGGAGAGCCAACGGAGAUACAAAUUAGGGGCUACAGGUAGACGGGUGAGAAGUAUAGAGAAAGGAAGAGAGCAGAAGGGCUUUCCCUUUGCAAUCUGGGUGGGUGGGGGCAGACAGGGCUCAGGGAGUAAUCACGACAGUGUCACACAGCUCUGUGGGCUGCACAGUUUCUGUCCCACUUUACUUUCCUUGUUGGUGCCUUCAGAGCAAUAUUGA